GUCAUUGGAGAGUAAAACACACAGUUUUCUCGGGCCAGGUGGGUUUGACCGUUGCUUUGCCGAAUACCGAAACUCUUCUUGGAAACAGCCCACUCAGCCAACCCAAUUCUUUCUUGUAACGCCUCUCUCAUUUACUACUUACUAACUUCACAUUUUUUGAUUUUGAGUAUAGUUUCACUUUCACACAUAUAUCAUCACAAACACAAACGUGCUUACAAAUGUCUCUCACCCUCACUGCCACUUAUUAACACUUUGUUUUUCUCUCUUUUAAAUAACCCUCUUGUUCUUUCAUUUUCUCUUCCAUAAAACCCUCCUACAUUUCCUUUUCAACCUUUGAAAUCAUCAAUCCCAUUUCAACUUGUAAUGGAAACCAAAGAUGAACUUCAAGUAAUGGACCAUUUGACCAUACCAACAACAACAUCUGGGACCAGUUUCUCUCAGUUACUAUUAGGUGAUGAUGAUAAUGAUCAUAAUCCAUUAGGUCUUGAUGUGGACCAAACUUUUUCCACCUCUCUUUUCUCUCUUCACAACACACCCAAAAUGCUUUGUUUUGGUGACUAUCAAAAUGAAAUUCAUGAAACAACCACCAACUUAAUAUUAACUCCUCAGAAAUCUAUUAUCACUUCAAGUGAUUCUUCUUCUGCUUCUUCAUGCAACCACCAAACCAACACUGGUUUCAAUUCUUUGACAACAACUAAAUCCAAUAGUUUGCAGAAAAAGCGGAAUGGGUCAGGAGGACAAGAACUUGGGACAAAGGCAGGUGUUGGAGGGCAGAAAGGUCCUAAAAAGACCAAAGGAGACAACCCCACCUCAACUGGACAUGCAAAGCCGAAAAAAGAGAAGCUAGGUGAACGAAUUGCAGCGUUACAACAACUUGUUUCACCCUUUGGCAAGACUGAUACAGCUUCGGUGCUUCACGAGGCUACUGGUUACAUAAGAUUCUUACAUGAUCAAGUUCAGGUUCUGUGCUCUCCAUACUUGCAACCUUCACAAGUUCAAUUUCAAAAUCACCCUGGGGACGGAGAUAACAAUGUCAAUAUCAAUGUCAAUGAAAUUGAAGAGAUAGGAGAAGAAGUGAAGAAUGAUUUGAGGAGCAGAGGUUUGUGUUUGAUCCCUGUUGGAUGCACCUUACACGUGGCAAGUAGUAACGGUGCUGAUUUUUGGUCACCUGCUUCAAUAGGGAACAAUGUUUCAUCUUCAACUAUUACUACUAAGCAGUAAUAAUAAAUCAUCAAAUAGUAUAAAUCAUCAAUGAGUACUUUUUAUAUAAAAAAAAAAAAAAAAAGUUGAAUAUUUUGAAAAAUGGGUUUCUAUGUCUGCUCAAAUUGGAGUUGUACUCAAUAUGACAUUGACAGCUUAUUUUGAUAUGGAAAGGAAGGAUGAGAAGGUAAAGUAUUUAGAAAAGGUAAAGAGGGAUUAACAAUUAACAAGAAUAGUUUAAAGUUCACACAUGGGGUACAAAUGAAAUGUCAUGAUUUUGUCCUUAAUCAUGUAUCAUCAGUUUUUUUGGGGUCACCUCUAUAUAUUCCUAUAGAAAGAAGGAAAUAUUUUAUGUAGGAUUUAGGUAUGUGUGUAGCCUUGAACUAGGAGUUUAGGAUGCCGAUAUAUUUUACUUUGUCUAUGUAUAUUUCGGUAGGCAAUGAAAAAGAAAUACAACUAUGAAGCCUUUAAAAUGUUUAAAUUUUUCAUUUCAUGUAUGUACGGCGAAUUAGUUUAGUUUAUUUCCUAAUGUUGGAGCUCACAUCAUAAAUAUGGAGAAGUGUGGAGUGAGAUUUGAAA